GCAUUUAAAAACAUGGCUGAAGUAGAAUAGAUGGUCGCUCAGUCUGAGUUGUAAAAAUGUCUUUACUUGAAGGGGGUGAUAGAUGUCGCUAUAAUCUACCUUGAUGUCUACAUGAUGUAUCUAUCAUGUAUCUAUCAUGAUCAAUCUACAUGAUGAAGUUGCUGUUGUAUUUGUUGGUGAAGAUGGCGCUCCCCAAACUUCCAGGGAAGUUGUUAUUUACCCAAGAGGUCAUCCUUUAAAAAUUGUAUCAAGUAUGUCAGCUAACUUAGAUCCUAUCCGGUUUAUCCUCUCUUUUUCGCAAGAGGUGAUGCUAGUUGGCAUAAUCAGUUGGUGCAAAAUCCUGAGCGUGCCACAUUGGUUAGAAAUUAUGCUACACUAUCUCAGUUUUACAAUUAUAGACUUUCUGUUAAGCUUACAACAUUGUUAAGUAGUCAACAUUGCGAACGAUCAUAAUAUUCGACCAGGGCGAGUAGUAGUUUUACCGUCAUCUUAUGUAGGAAGUCCUAAAGUUUUAAAAGAAAACUUCAAAGAUGCUAAGGCAAUUAUUAAAAAGUAUGGUAAACCAGAUCUUUUUAUUACUUUUACUUGCAACCCAAAAUGGCGUGAAAUAACAGAAAAUUUAUAUCCUGGUCAGACUGCGAAUGAUAGACCUGACUUGGUUACUAGAGUAUUUAAACUCAAGUUAAAUAACCUCCUCAAUGAUAUAUUCAAACAUGGUGUAUUGGGCAAAGUUGUAACACAUGUUCAGGUUAUUGAGUUUCAAAAGCGUGGUUUGCCGCAUGCCCACAUUUUACUUCAUUUAGCCAAUUAUGAUAAACUUAAAACAGCACAGGAUAUCAAUAAUUUAAUAUGUGCAGAAAUUCCAGAUCCGAUUGUUAAUCAUGAACUUUAUGAUAUUAUUAAAACUUGCAUGAUUCAUGGCACAUGUGGGAUACUGAAUCCUUAUUCUCCCUGCAUGAAAGAUGGGGUGUGCAGUAAAAAUUAUCCUAAAGAAUUUAGUGACUACACAGUAGCUGUUCACAAUGGUUAUCCACAAUAUAGGCGUCGUGAUAAUGGGUUAGUUAUCAAUAUUAAAGGCAACAAUCUAGAUAACCGUUGGGUGGUACAUUACAAUCCUUGGUUAUCUAAGAAAUAUCAAGCCCACAUUAAUCUUGAAGCUUGCAUGUCUGUAAAGGCUGUUAAAUAUUUGUACAAAUAUAUAUACAAAGGACAUGAUUGUGCAAAUGUUUUGAUAAAUGAGCAGGUUGAUCACGAUGAAGUAAACACUUUUUUAGAUUGUCGUUAUGUUAGUGCACCUGAGGCACUGUGGCGAAUAUUUGAGUAUCCCAUAAGUCAUAUGUCACACACUAUUAUCCGUCUUAAGGUCCAUCUUCCUGAGAAUCAGAUUGUGUAUUUUAGAGAAGAAGAACAAGUGGCGUUAGAUUGUGCUGCUCAACGUGAUACACACCUUACGGCAUGGUUUAAGUUGAAUUCUGAAAAUGAAGGAGCGCAUCGCUAUUCAUAUGUAGACAUUCCAUAUCACUUUGUAUUUGAUGAUAAACAUUGUAAAUGGAAGGUUAGACAAAAAAUAGGAAAUAAGGUGAUAGUAAGAAUGUAUAAAGUUAGUCCAGGAAUUAGGAACUUGUUUAUUUUUACUGUAACUGGAGUUUUAAAAGUUCAAGUACCUUAGCUUUAUUUUAUUUUUCUUCCAGGAGAGUUGGAUCAAAAACUAAGUAUGAAUUACAUGAUUAGUAUAGUUAAAUAAAUAAGACAUUUGUAUUAAGAUUUAUAAAGUUUAUUUUAGUUCAUAGUUUUAGUUUAGUUUAUAGUUAUUUUUAGUUAGUUUUAGCUUCAUAUGUAAAUAUUCUAUCGAUUAUUAUGAGGUAUGUUUUUUUGUCUUUAGUGUGUGGAAGAAGCAUAACUGCAUCGUCUGCUGUCAUCAAAAAAAACUGGUGAGGUUAUGGAUUAUAUUUAUAUUCAAUAAAAUUGCAAGUUUUUAUAAUUACUAA